ACUAAUUUUGAAGUUUUCUGCUUCGGCAAGCGGUCAGCGCGUGGCUAUAUGCCGCUUGGAUCAAGCGAUGAAGCCAUAUCAACGGUCCGGUGACUAAAGCCGCAGGCGCACUUCUGUCUCGCGAACAGAAGCCAGUAUAUCAGUUAAUCCUGGCAAAGAUAUAUUUAACCGACAAAACUCAAUUCAACCAUCCUAAAAUCUACACACUUUUCACUCGACUCUUCUUUCACUCGACAAAUUUUGUGCUAUUUUCUAUUAAUUUACAACACACUAACUUAAAAAAAUCAUAAACACACAAAACCUUCAACAAUUGCAAGCACUGGAAACAGCAGAAAAAAAAAACAAACAAAAACAGCUACCAAAAUAGGUUUCAACAAGCGCGCGUACACAUCACACUUUCUACUUCGAUUGCCUACUUUUCGAUAUUCGCACCGAAAACGUGUCUCUGUUCGCACUGUCGACGUAAGCCGCCGACCCACAAGAGACACGCCCACAAAAUCGCCACGAAGAUGUAAGCCAAAUGAGGUCAACAGAACCUAUCGCUGUAUGCACGGAAAUCUUCGCCAUAUAAAGUUUAAAGCAAAAAUUUAUAUUGAAGUUAUCAAAUAAUUUUAUUAAAACUUUAAGUACUAAUAUAUAAAAAAAUUUUAGUUACAUUAAAAAAUUGUGUGUGAUACUGUUGUUUUCAUUUGUAAUCUAGUAUUAUUGUCUAAAGUAUUUUCGUAUUUCCAAGAAGGUGUAACAACACAUGUGAGUUGCGCGAGUUCUAAAAAAAAAAAAAUUCUCAGAAAAAUUUUGUAAUUUUUGUAAAAAAAUAAAAUAAACACAAGAAAUUGGCGCUUUCAUUGCCUUUAAUACGCUUAAACAAAUUAGUGCGAAAACUUAAUUUCUUAGUCAAAUUUAAAUUAAUUUUCACUUAGAAGUGAAACGACAUUUCUGUGUCGUAGUUAAUUUAUGUAUUUAACUUUUGUUAAAUAGCUCAAUUAAUUGUAAUUUAGUUUUGUUCGCAAAACUUUAAGUAUUUCCUCCAACUGACUUUCAGUUAGAAAGGGCAUUUAAAAUAAAUUCAUCUUACUUAAAAAAAGGAAUAAUAACAAUUUAAUUACAUUAAUUAAAUUUAAUUAAAAUCUGAGCACAAAUCGCAAGUAAGCAUACGAAAAUGCUAAGUGAUUGCAUUCCUUGCCCAUAAAUCAUCACACAUUUUAUUUAUUAAAAAAAGAAAAAAUCUAACUAAAUAAAAGUAAUAAUUUUUAAAUUAAAAAAACAAUAUAAAUAACUAAAAACUAAAAAAUAAAUUUAUAAAAAUGCCGUCGCCGAGUAAGAAACAAACGCAUCCGCAUUUGUCUUUGGUGGCCAACAACAGCGAUGAUUAUCUUAAAUUGUCCGAUGAUGGCGCAAUCAAUAAUGGCUUCCAAGCAACAACUACACCAGAAACGGCCACAACAAACAUCGCCGAUAGUCCCGAUUUUAUAUCUGCCUCCACAAAUACAGUCAAUACAAAUCCCACUAGCAAUGAUGAUGAUGAUGAAUUCAUUUUAAGGAAUAAUGCUAAAAAUGAAUUAAAUGUCCGCCCGUUGAGUAAACACAAUUCCAACAAACAAACAAAGAACAACAACAACAACAAUAAUAAUAACACAAACCACAACAACACACCCUAUUAUAUCAGCAACAAUGGCGUGCCUCACGGACAAUAUCGUUAUACGUUGCCAUUGUCGUUGGCAGUGCCAUUGCCACAACCCUUAGCGCCAUCAAUAUCACAACAACAACAACAAUUACAAAAAGAUUCACAACAACAUCAGGCACAGGACGAUAAAUUUAGAUUAUAUACAAUAUAUGGAAAUGACACCGACAAUGACAAAUUGUCCGGUCUACCACAAUCGACGACUGGUUCACUAAGCUCAAUCAUCACGACGUCCAUAGCAUCCUCAGAACCAGAUCCUGGCACGGGUGGUGGUCGUGGAAGUAGUGGUGGCGGUGGCGGCGGUGGCGGUGGUGGCGGUGGUGCAGGCGGUGGUGGCAGCAGCAUCGGUGCAUUAGAUGCAAGCAGUAUCGCCGGUGUGCCUGGUAGCAGUGAUGAGAAAUUGGCGCUAAAUCGACCGGGCAUUAAACAGGAGAAAUGGUCCUCAAUAUUGUUGCAGGUGUCGAUACCGUUCUUUUUGGCUGGCGUUGGUACAAUCGGUGCGGGCAUUAUACUCGGGCGUGUAGAGAAAUGGCGUGUCUUCAAAGAGAUCACCGAACUAUUCAUUCUCGUGCCGGCAUUGCUUGGCCUCAAGGGCAAUCUCGAUAUGUGCCUCGCAUCACGUCUAUCGACACAGGUCAAUUUGGGCAAUAUGACCACGCGUAAGGAAGUCAUCAAAAUGAUUGUAGGCAAUAUUGCAUUGGUGCAAGUACAAGCGACGGUCGCCUCAUUUUUGGUCGCUAUGUUUGCUACUGGUGUGGGUGCGGCGAUGGAUGGCAAUUUCUAUUUCGAACAUGUUAUGCUGCUGACGGCAUCCGCCAUGUUUACGGCGACCUCAUCGUGCUUUGUUUUAGAUUUUGUAUUAGUGGCUGUGAUAUUAUUAUCUGAGAGAUUUAAUUUGAAUCCCGAUAACUUGGCAACACCGUUAGCGGCAUCUAUCGGUGAUGUCGUCUCCAUAAGUUGUUUUUCCUUCAUUGCUUCCCUGCUAUUCGAUCAUAUAAAAACUCACUUAUGGAUCACAUUUGUUAUAGUCGCUUGUUAUUUAGUGCUUUUACCUAUGUGGGUAGCUAUUGUGCUCAAAAAUAAAUAUACUCGGUCGGUACUGAAGAGUGGCUGGGUGCCGGUACUCUCGGCGCUAUGUAUUAGUGGCCUCGGCGGUCUCGUGCUUGAUGCUGCUGUGGAAAUAUUCGAUGGCUUUGUUGUCUUUCAACCGAUUAUCAAUGGUAUUGGUGGUAAUUUGGUAUCGGUGCAAGCGAGUAAAAUCUCAACCAUGCUGCAUCAGAGUUCCAUUAUUGGCAUCAUUCCGCCGCAUACGAAAAUCUUCGAAUGGCCAUGGAAGGCGCUUUUCAAAGGAGUUCCCUAUGCUAAAACGGCGCGUAUUCUCCUUGGCAUGUCAAUUCCCGGUAAUGUUGUGUUCGUGUUUGUUGCCGAUUACAUACACAUGUCAACAACGACGGUUACCUUUGCUUUCGUAGCGGCAUUCCUCUUGGCGAGCUUAAUACAGGUUAUGUUGCUCUUGUAUAUUGCGCACGUCAUUGUGCACGCCAUGUGGAAAUGGAAAAUCGAUCCCGAUAACUCGUCGAUUCCGUAUCUGACAGCAUUGGGCGAUCUGCUCGGCUCGAGUUUAUUGGCACUGGCCUUUAUCUUCUUACUUUCUAUAAAUCAAGAAUAUGGAGCCGAUCUGAAUCAGCUCAAUGCAUCGAAUUGAACAUUGCAAAAACAAAAACAAGGGAAAAAAGAACACAAUAAACUCUAAUAAAUGAGUGUGAGGCUUUAAAUGAGAAGUACAUGUGUAUAUGCAUAAAAAAAGACUUAAAAUAUUUGCGAUGAAAGUUAAAAGAAGUAAAAGCGAGUUAUGAAAGCGAAGGCGCGAUGGGCCAUCAUCAACAAAAUACACUAAACAACCAAACAACCUUCAGUACGUACCUAAAGAGCACUAAUUUAUUUUUGUAAGCCAUAAAUAUAAAAACAAUAAUAAGAUAAUUAAAUAAAAUCAUUAAAAAUCGAUGAUUAUGCUAUGUACUAUAUGUAUGUAUGUAAAAAGUUAUUUAAAAAUAUUUAUUUUAAAACGAAAUGCUAAAUGUUGCGGGUAGAUAUAUAAAAUAUAUAAAUAAAAGAAAUUGAAAGGGGUACAAAAUUAAACGAAUUGUAUGUGCGACUAACUAGUUAUUUUUUAAUAAUUUUAAUUUAGCAUAUUAUUAAGAAAGCGUCAACACAAAUGGCAGGCAAAUUAAGCAUAAGAAACGAAUUGUAUGGGAAUUUGUUUUAUAAAAAUUUUACACACAUAAGUUUUCUGAAAUGUUUGUGUUUUCCAAGCGCAAAAAUUUCAAACGUAUUUAGUAAAAAAUAUUCGAUACAAAAUGUUUAUGGGACACUUGAACGCAUUGGAUACGAACAAAUAUUAAA